AUGUCUCAAAUGAUUAGACCACCAAUUGUACUUUUAAAAGAAGGUACAGAUACAUCACAAGGUUUACCACAAUUAAUUAGUAAUAUAAAUGCAUGUUGUGCAAUCGUAGAUACAGUACGUACAACAUUAGGACCACGUGGUAUGGAUAAAUUAAUCUAUCAAAGCGAAAGACAGGUUACCAUAUCAAACGAUGGUGCCACCGUUAUGAAAUUAUUAGAUAUUGUACAUCCAGCAGCACGUACAUUGGUAGAUAUAGCAAAGAGUCAAGAUUCAGAAGUUGGUGAUGGUACAACCAGUGUAGUGAUUUUAGCAGGUGAAUUCCUUAAAGCAGCCAAACCAUUCCUCGAGGAGGGUAUUCAUCCACAAAUUAUAAUCCGUGCCUUUAGAAGUGCAUGUGAAUUGGCUAAACAAAAGAUUCAAGAGUUGAGCGUAGAUAUCAAACCAGAAAACAUGAGAGAAUUCCUCGAAAAGUGUGCUUCAACCUCGAUGAACUCUAAAUUAAUCGCCUCUCACAAACAAUUCUUUAGUAAAAUGGUGGUAGACGCCGUACAAUUGUUGGACGACAAUAUCGAUCUCGAUAUGAUUGGCAUCAAGAAGGAGAGUGGUGGUGGUUUGGGUGACUCUCAAUUCAUUGCUGGUGCCGCCUUCAAACGUACCUUUUUCUAUGCAGGUUUCGAGCAACAACCAAAACACAUCAAAAAUCCAAAAGUACUCUGUCUCAACAUUGAAUUGGAAUUAAAGGCAGAGAAAGACAAUGCAGAGAUUCGUAUCUCUGACCCAACUAAAUAUCAAUCAUUGGUCAAUGCAGAGUGGAAGUUGUUCUUUGACAAACUCGAAGCCAUCCAUGCAAGCGGUGUCAAUGUCGUCCUCUCCAAAUUGGCCAUUGGUGAUUUGGCCACCCAAUUCUUUGCCGACAAGAAUAUGUUUUGUGCUGGUCGUGUACCUGAUGAUGACAUUCGUCGUGUUUGUCGUGCCACCGGUGCUGCCAUCCAAAACACUACAUCCAAUAUCAUCCCAGACGUAAUUGGUACCUGCGACCUCUUUGAAGAGGUUCAAGUAGGUGGUCAACGUUACAACUUGUUCACUGGCUGCACAAUGACCCAAACCGCCACUAUCAUCCUUCGUGGUGGUGGUGAACAAUUCAUCGAUGAGGCCGAACGUUCCCUUCACGAUUCUAUCAUGAUCGUUAGACGUGCCCGUAAACAUAGAUCAGUGGUUGCCGGUGGUGGUGCUAUUGAAAUGGAAGUCUCUAAAUAUCUUCGUGACUAUUCCCUCUCCAUUGAAGGUAAGAAGCAACUCCUCAUCAAUGCUUUCGCUAAAGCACUCGAAGUCAUCCCAAGACAAAUCGCCGAUAAUGCUGGUUUCGACUCUACCGAUAUCCUCAAUCAAUUAAGACAAAAACAUGCUCAAGGUGAAAAAUGGUUUGGUGUUGACAUUGUAAACGAAGGUAUUUGUGAUACCUAUGAAUCUGCAAUUUGGGAACCAUCUCUCGUUAAACUCAAUUCAAUCGUUGCCGCAACUGAAGCAACUUGUUUAAUCCUCUCUGUUGAUGAAACCGUUCAAAAUAAUCAAGCUGAACAAGCUCAAGCUGGUCCACAAAUUAAUAACCAAACACGUCAAGCUUUAUCACGUGGUAGAGGUGUUCAAGCAAUGAGAGGUAGAGGUUAA